AAAAUGUUGCAAUAUGUAGUUUUUCUUUUCAAACAUGCCACAACAUGCACAUUUUAUUGUGGAUAUUUGCCACAACAGUUCCGAUUCUGAAUUUGGGGAAUUUUACAUUUUAAUUAUUACAUUUAUCAAAUACGUCCACACAUGACUUAAAAAGAAAGACAACAAAAACAUGUGGGUGAAGCACUUGUGCAUGUGCACCCUCUCGACGUGGAAUGUAUUUAUGUAAUAUGUAAAUAAGUAUACAGUAAUACUUUACGUGUCUAAUGACACCUUGACGUCACAGUUUUAUUAUCAAGUGAGUCCGCCGGGCGGAGACCCUCUGAUGUCAUCUGCGAGGUUCCUCCUUGUAGGCGGAGUAAAGGGAGGCGGGACUUCCGGCGACUGCAGCCGACAUGUCAACAACAUGCCGGAGUUCGGCAAAAAAAACCAAAUUGAAGACAGGAGACGACUCACCCCACAAACACAGCAAGAAAAAACGACUUCACACAAUUUCGUUUCUGUGAUCUCUCAAUUGGCAGAUGAUAAUCUCACAUUAGUGCGGAGCAUAAGUAGCGGGCUUGCGCUUGCUGGUGUGAUUCUAAUAGCGAGAAGCAUUAAAGUGAUCACCAAAUUCCAAACAGUGUCUGAGAUCCCUUCUUAUUUCGUGGAGAGCAACAUCAGCCUCCGUGGAAGAGUUCAUUCUGUCACAGAGCAAGGCCUCCAAGUGGAGCAUUUGCCCAUUUACCUACCGCUGCUUUCACCUCUACUCGCCAAACACAAAGGUUUACCCACGUCCCCAUUGCAGGUGGACCUCGCUGGCGUGGAUCUGACCGCAGAUGGCAAAUUAUGGCUUCAAAGGAAUCUACUCCCCGCUCAAACAGUGUGGUUGAAGCUGAUCAACCGACAUGGCGACAGGCUGCACUGUUUUGUGUUCGAUAGCAAGAGGUCACCAUGGAGCUUGUCUGUGAACGAAGAAGUGCUCCGUCUUGGCCUUGCCCGCAGGGCGCCUUUAGCUGGAAUCUCGCAGCACUCUCGCCUCUACUGGCGUCUGCACAAGCGGCUGCACAGGGCAGAGGUCAAAGCUGAGAAGAAGGGGCUGGGCUUGUGGAAAGAAGAGAGUCAAUGGGAGAGGGCCGUAAAGGCCGUGUGGAAUAGUGCAUUAUUCAGGCUUUUACGGAGGCUCUUCGGGAGGACCUGAUGAGUAGAUACAAAACUUUUUUUUUUUUUCUACCUGUCAAAUAAUAUACAGUUUGGACAUGCUCUGUCAUGCUAUUGAAUAACAAAACCCUGUCCAAACUUUUAAUCUGUCAUGUAAAUAGUUUUCUGGUUACAUUUUGCACCAAGUUGAAUGCAAAAAUUGGAGACAUCCGUAUUCAUUAGUGUUGUCCGAUAAUGACUUUUUAACCGAUAAACAAUAUUCCGAUAUCGUCCUGCUCCAAUAAUCUGAUACCGAUAUCAAACUGAUCCCGAUAUAUGAGUUCAUGGACUUAACAUACUAUGGCUAAUUGUAUUGUGAUGCCCCACUGGAUGCUUUAAUAAUGAUAAAUGUAACCGCUUCAAAGUUUUCCAAAUAAACAUUCUGUGAAAAAUAAGAACAACUUCAACUAAAGUUAUGGAAAAAGUCCUUAUAUUGGACCACUAUAUUUAUUAGGGCUGUCCCAAAUGAUUAAUUUCCUCCCGAUUAGUCAGCUGACUAUUUUUACGAUUAGUCGACAAAUCUAAUAUAUAUAUAUAUAAUUCUCUGCCUUGAUGAACUCUACUAAGUAUCCUUGCUUUAAUAAUGAAAUUUUUGUUGAAGCUUUUUAAUUCACAAAAAAAAUUUUGGAACACCUAAAUUCUUUAUUAACGUAUAAAUAGAUAACAUAAAUAUCAAUAAUAAAUUACAAACAAUGAGGUCAAAUGCUGCUGGCAUUAACUAGUGCAAAAAAUGUAAACGGAAACACUGAGACUUCACCUCUUUAACAGGAGUCAAAACAAUUCUUACUCUUUUUGUGGUAUGUCAUUGUCUAUAUUGUUCUAAAUGUUAAAAUGAAUUGCAAUGUCCCGGACAACCAUUUUCAGAAUACUUUGUGUGAGUUCAGAUGCUUUUAUUGGUGUGAUUUUGCAUUUUUGGGGAGGGGAAAAACUGUUCAACUUUUGUUUGUUUUAACCUGAAAAUAGACAAAGUAGAGGGCACACUGAAAUAUUACCACAAUUAUUUUGAAUGAGAGGCACACAUACUCACAGUAACAAAAAUGAAAUAUAUAGUAUUAAUUUUAUAGUAUACUACUAUAUGUAUAUGCACAAUGAUACUUUAUAAUAUAAAGUAACUAACAUUAGUGCAGUCAUGGAUUACAGUAAGCAGGCCAGUGCUGUUUCCAUAUAUUUUUUUAUUAUAUUAUGUAUAUAUAGGAUAUGUAUAUAUUUUCCCCAAGUGGGAGCUUCCAUGAUCCUAAUAAAUUUAAUAAUAACAAAAAAAAAAAAAAAAAAAAAAAAAAAAACCAAACAAACAAACAAACAAACAAAAAAAAAUAUAUAUAUAUAAAUUAUUUUAUUAAAUAAAAAUGCAUGUUGAUACAAUGCACAUAAAGGUAAUUUCCAUUAAAAAAAAAUAGAAAGUUGUAUGGAUUUACAAUCCACUAGAUUGUUCUUUCUUGGUGUCUUCGAAAAUUAUACAGUACUUGGGUGACGGCGCUUCAAGUGUUCGUUCAUAGCCAACGUGCUACCGUGGUGUGCGAGCUCAGCUUAGUAAAGAGUACACACAGUGGCACCCUCCAUAUUUUCCUUGAAAUAAUUCCAGGCUCUGGCUAUUCUGGUCCGCUAUUUUGGCUUUAUGCCACUUUCAUGUGUCACCAAUUCUGCCCUUUUUGGUAAUUGGCGGUGUUUUCAACUCCUCGCCGUAGUGAGGAGUGAACCGGCGAUUCACUUAGCUCGUUGUCGUUGGUUCGUCCGAUUUCCUCCUCAGGAAGGCGGCGGCGUGCAUGAAAACACCGAGAGGCGUCGGAUGGCUCUUUAUGGAUACUUUUAUUGACCAAAACAAAAACGUGGGGGAUGCAGCGACUGAACUCCGCGCUACCCGUGCACUUUCCCAACUCACCGAUCUCGCUCCCUCUCUCUCGCUCGGCCACUUUCUUCCUCUUUGCUCAAUCUGACAAUGCCGGUCACAUUGAAAUAACAGCGGCCCCCUUGGGGGGCCAGUACCAACCGUUUGCAUCGCGAGCGCCCGCUAUUCUUAACUUUAUCCGCAUGUAAUUUUUUUUAACCCGUCAUUACCCGUCGACAGUAUGUUUUUCCCGUCGACCCAUUUACGUCAUUGAUGACGUCGACAACGUCGACUAGUCGGGACAGCUCUAAUAUUUAUUGUUGAAAUCAAAAUAGUGCAAACAUCAUUUUAAAAAAAAAUCAAGUGCAAGUUCAAAGUGCCAAUAAAUCCGAUAAUGAAAAACCGACGUCAAUAUUUUAAAAUACUUUUAUCGGCCGAUAUUAUCGGCUACCCAAUUAUAUUGCACAACUCAAGUAUUCAUUAAAUGCCAUGCUACAGAUAAGCAAACUUACAAAUGUAACUUUAUUUAGAAUUUAUACUUAAAGAGACACUAAAGACACUUUAUUAAUCUAAUUUUUUUUUUAAACCGUGGAUGCCAUAUUACCAGAUUUGCACAACAGUUUAAAUUGAAAAUGCCCAGUAUGUACUUUUUGGGCUGUUCUGCAGACGUGUGAUUCUCAUAGAUAUGCAGCUGACUGGCUCCAAUUUGAAUAUUCAACAUUAUAAUUUAAACUAGCAUAAUAAGGUACGUUGUGACAUCACACCAUGACUUUAUAGAACAAGUUCACUUGCCAAUGUGAUUGCAAUCAAAUAAAAUUUACAAACUUCAACUCGGGCACACUAUUUUAUGCAUGAAGUAGUUCAAAGUCUUGGGAAUAUAUUUUACCUCCUCUUUUUAAAAAGUAUCAUGCUUUCAGCAUUUUGACAACAUUAGACCAACAUUUGAACUGCCAAUAGCAGGUCGUAGCACAAAGACUUCAAGAGUCCUUGAGAUUUUUUUUUUUAUUAUAAU